AUGGCUAAUCCGCUCAGUGAAGGCGACCAGCUGCAUGCUGCGGCUGCUGACGAGGACACGCAAGUAGCAAAUCCUCAAGCUGAGAUCUUGCCUGGAGACUCGGCAACGACAAAGGCAGAAAAGAUCCAACGACAUGGGACUGCAGCGGCCAAUGGGGAAACCAACAGCGACAACGACGAGCGCUCGUCUAAGAGGCGAAAGCUUGGCCAGGAUCCAUCACUGAGUGCAGCCGAGCCAACGACGGAGCGCAGGAAAGGUGUUGCUCCGAUCAAGAAAGAGUAUCUCGUCGAAAUAUCCAAGUCAGUUGAGGAGCCUUCGUUCGACGACGAUGCGGCUGAGUCAUCUGGCAAGGCCAACGGGCCAGAGACGGUCGGAGGCAGAGGCCCUCGAGAUGCUAAGCAGAAGGGAAAACGUGGACAGAACCAUGCUCGGCAGUUCGGGAGCUCGAGAGACGAGAUUGCGCUGUGCAAAUCGCGAGCUGGUGUGAACGAGUUCCAUCCUCAGGAUUGUUCAUAUGGAGCAAAGUGCAAGUUCGAGCACGAUAUUCGGAAGUAUUUGAAGGAUGGCAAAAGGGAGGACCUUCAGACGUUGGGUGGCGUCUGCCCAUUGUUCGAAGCCAAAGGCAACUGUCCGGCUGGUUGGCGGUGUAGGUUUGCCGGCAGUCAUAGCAAGGAGGUGGAGCGUGAGGACGCCAGGAAGGAGCUAGUACUGGUCGAGAAGGACCAGGCUAAGAAGGACCCCACGGAGAAUGCGGACGAGGAAGACGAGGGAGUUGGGGUUGUCAAUGUUGUCCACUAUACGCAGAAGAUCAAAUUGAGGAAGAAGCAGUGGAAGACCGACAAGGCCGACAAAUAUCUGGACUGGAUGAACAAGGAGAACCUGGACCCUAGCAACGGCAACCCACACUCGGGAGCAGACUCUGAUGUUCCUGAGGUUGAUGGCGACGGCAUUCCGAUCGACAAGUCCCGCUUCAACGGUGCAGUCAGACUCGACAAUCGCGCUCGCUACGUCGAGCCGCCGUUCAGGGCCUCAGAGAAGCGUCGCCUAUACUAUGGACCCGAGACACCAGUCCUCGCACCACUCACAACUCAAGGUAACCUGCCCUUUCGUCGCCUUGCCGUCUCGCUCGGAGCACAAGUGACCUGGUCAGAAAUGGCCAUGGGUCUACCUCUUAUCCAGGGUGAGAAGGGUGAGUGGGCAUUGAUGAAAGCACACGAGUCCGAAGCAACGCCCCCUGCCUACUCGCCCAAGACACCUGUCCUCGACUACAACCACAGUCGUGAUCUCAAAUUCGGUGCUCAAAUCGCAGCCAAUAAGCCAUGGCUGGCACUCAAGACCACAGAAGUCCUCACAUCCCUUUGCCCAUCACUCCGCGCCAUUGAUCUGAACUGCGGCUGUCCGAUCGAUCUCGUCUGCCGCCAAGGUGCCGGCUCAGCAAUGCUAGAUGCUCAUACCAAACUGGAGAAGACGCUCCGGGGCAUGAAUGUCGUGUCUGGCGAAGUACCCAUCACGGUCAAGAUCCGUAUGGGCACAAAGGACAAAUCACCAACCGCCGAGAAGCUUUGCCAACGCUUGGUGAUGGGUAGCCCCGACUCCCAAGAAUCAGGGGAAGGACCUUGUGGUGUAGCAGCCAUCACGCUCCAUGGCCGCAGCAAGCAACAACGCUACACCCGCAGUGCAGACUGGGAAUACAUCUCCUCCUGCGCAGCUCUCGUCAAGAAACUCAAAACCCAACGUGCCUCCAUGACCGACACAAUCCGCGAACCGGAUGCCCGCGACUCAGGGACCGGCUCAGAUGCCCUGCCCUACUUCUGCGGCAACGGCGAUAUCCUCUCCCACAUCGACUACAACGAACACAUCGCCAACGCAGGCGUAGACAGCUGCAUGAUCGCCCGCGGCGCCCUGAUCAAACCCUGGAUCUUCGAGGAGAUCGAGACGAAUCAGUACCUGGAUAAAUCCGCUACGGAGCGGUUGGGCUACAUCGAGCAGUUCUGUCGUAAUGGGCUGGAGUACUGGGGUAGUGAUGAGAUUGGCGUCGGCACCACCAGACGAUUUCUGUUGGAGUGGAUGAGCUUUGCUUGUCGGUAUGUGCCGGUUGGUAUCCUUGAAUACUUGCCGCCCAGGUUCGGAGAUCGACCACCGGCGUUCAGGGGUAGGAAUGAGCUUGAGACGCUGCUGAGUAGUGCGAACUAUAAGGACUGGAUCAAGAUCAGUGAGAUGUUCCUUGGCCCAGCGCACAAGGACUUCCAAUUCAUGCCCAAGCAUAAGAGUAAUAGCUAUGAGAUUGAAGCUGAGGGGUGA